AUGGGUAGAGUCAUUCGCAACCAGCGCAAGGGGCGUGGAUCCAUCUUCACUGCCAACACGCGCUUGAACAAGGCCCCGGCCAAGUUCCGCAACCUCGAUUAUGCCGAGCGUCAUGGCUACGUCCGCGGUGUAGUCCGCGAUAUCAUCCACGACCCUGGUCGUGGUGCGCCUCUCGCCAAGGUUGUCUUCCGCCACCCGUAUAAGUUCAAGCAGGUCACCGAGACGUUCAUUGCCAACGAAGGCAUGUACACUGGCCAGUUCAUCUAUGCUGGAAAGAAGGCUGCCCUGACUGUCGGCAACGUCCUGCCGCUGGGGGAGAUGCCCGAGGGUACCGUCGUCUCCAACGUCGAGGAGAAGAUUGGUGACCGUGGCGCGCUUGGCCGCACCUCUGGUGGCUACAUCACCGUCAUCGGCCACAACCCCGACGAGGGCAAGACGCGCAUCAAGCUCCCCUCUGGUUCCAAGAAGGUCGUCCACUCGGGCGCGCGAGGCAUGAUCGGCAUUGUUGCCGGUGGUGGCCGAACAGACAAGCCCCUGCUGAAGGCUUCUCGUGCCAAGCACAAGUUUGCCGUCAAGCGCAAUAGCUGGCCCAAGACUCGUGGUGUUGCCAUGAACCCCGUGGAUCACCCUCACGGUGGUGGUAACCACCAACAUAUUGGUAAGGCGUCGACCAUUUCCCGAUACGCCGCCCAGGGCCAGAAGGCCGGUCUUAUUGCCGCGAGAAGGACGGGUCUGCUGCGUGGUACUCAAAAGGUCAAGGACUAA